UACCCCCAGUGUGACCGCACAAAGCCGCGUGUGAGAUGCCAAAAGAAGCAGCAAAAGCAUAAAGUUUCCGAUUUUUUGACAAUUAAACCUAGACUGUUUGAUGGCUUUUCCCACCACAAGUGCCCAGCAAGCCGAGACGAACCGCAAGAUACUCGAGGAGAUACAGACGAAGAAGCAGCUGCUCGCUGGGGGGCUCAUAAACCUGGGACUGACUGGCACUACGAAUCAGAUGACAGCACCUCCUUUGCUGGGACAGCCGACGACAGCCACCUCUCCCGAUUUUCAGGUGGGCGUGGGCAUUGCCACCAAUGCCACAUCCACCGCCCGCUCUGCAUUUAAUCCAACGAGCUCUACAACUCUGGGCUUCUUUGUACCUCAGGAUUCGUAUUUUGGAAACAGUUUUAUACCCGUGCUGCCUCGUCUGGAGCCGCUGCCGUCGCCCGCGACCACGCCCACCACCACCACUGCGAACGCCCCGGGUAUCAGUAAAUCGUAG